CCAGCCCUUCAAAAGGGCAUCAGAGUCAGAGAUCCUGCGGCGAUUCCACCAUGGCAUUAUCUUAGCGGCGACGCAUCGACGUCACUGCUCUUCGUCCGAUUAGAGGCCCCGCCGAGAAAAUAAAGGAAAGAAGGCUUUUUUUUUUUUUGCAGCUCCGCGACGAUAACAACCCUCGUACGUCUCCUUUGCCCUCUUCCUCGCUAUCUCUUGUUUAAACUUUAGAGAUGGCGUCUUGGGAUCAUUGGGUCGAGGCGGCGCUCUCGAGGCUGGCUUCCAAGAAGCUCCUCCGCUCAAUCCGGCCAAUCUCCGUUCACUCGCCGCCGCCGCCGUCUGGCGACCCCUCGGAGGGGCUCGAGACGUUCGAUGGCCCGCGACAUUGGGACCGGUCCGCGGUGGAGGUGGAAAUCGAGGAGCCCACCUUUCGGGAGUGGCUCAAUGAGCUCACAAGCCCCGGAGGUGAAUCCAUUGGUAAAGAUGAGAAGGUCGGUGGGAAGCUGCUGCUCUUCUCGGGGAAUGAUUACUUGGGUUUGAGCUCUCACCCGGCCGUCCGAAAGGCUGCCGCAAAGGCUGCUCAAGACCUCGGUAUGGGUCCGAGAGGCUCUGCUCUAGUCUGUGGUUAUACUAACUAUCACAGGCUACUUGAAGCUUCCUUGGCAGAUUUGAAGAAAAAAGAGGAUUGCCUUCUUUGUCCUACCGGCUUUGCUGCCAACAUGGCUUUCCUCUCUGCUCUGGGAAGUGUUAGCUCACUUCUGGCUGUUGGUAGGAAACCAUCUAUGGAUGAAAGACUUGCCAUAUUUUCAGAUGCCUUGAACCAUGCUUCAAUAAUUGAUGGGAUCCGUCUAGCCGAGCGGCAACAGGAAGCAGAAGUUUUUGUAUAUAGGCAUUGUGACAUGUCUCAUCUCAAUGCUCUGCUAUCAUGUUGUAAAAUGGAGAAGAAGAUUGUCAUCACAGAUAGCCUGUUUAGUAUGGAUGGAGAUUUUGCUCCAAUAACCAAACUUGUUGAACUUCGCAAGAAGCAUGGAUUUUUAUUGGCCAUUGAUGAUGCUCAUGCAACACUUGUUUGUGGAGAGAACGGUGGAGGUGUACCAGAAGUGCAUGAGUGUGAAAAUGAUGUUGAUAUAUGCAUAGGCACCUUGAGCAAAGCUGCGGGUUGCCAGGGGGGUUUCAUUGCUUGCAGCAGCAACAAAUGGAAACAGCUAAUACAAUCAAGGGGCCGCUCAUUCAUAUUUUCAACUUCUAUUCCGGUGCCCAUUGCUGCUGCUGCUCAUGCUGCUGUCACUGUGGCAAGAAAGGAGAAGUGGCGUAGAAUAGCAGUAUGGAGUCGAGUGCAUGACUUCUAUUCUUUAACCCAACUUAAUAUUACCAGUCCUAUAAUUUCCCUGAUCAUCGGAAGUGAAGAAGCUGCACUUAGUGCUAGCAGGCAUAUGCUUAAAUCUGGAUUCCAUGUGACAGCAAUCCGACCACCUACAGUGCCUCCCAACUCGUGCAGGUUACGGAUUACUGUGAGUGCUGCUCAUUCUUCGGAGGAUAUUAGAAGGCUUGUAGCUGCAUUAUCUGGCUGCAUUCGAUUCCCAGCUCUUGAGCAGAAUUACCAAAUAGCUUCAAAGAUCUAAUAUUUUGAAGCAGCUGAUUUGAUUUUCCAUAUUUAUUGUAAACUGUCACAAACAAUUCUUUUGCAGUUUCUAUAGGAAAGAAGUAGUGGGAGAUAAGCUGCAGUAGUUUGCUUUGGUUUGAUGGUGACAAUGAAGUUUUACAUAAAGCAAUGGCAAAGAAUGACAAAUUAAAGCC